UAAGUUCUAACUACCCGCGUUUGGCGCUGCAUUCUUCUUUCAAUAAUGAGUCGCAAGAGAGACAAACCCUCUUACACUUCUUCCCGCCACGCCCCCUACCCGAAGCGCCGCCGCCCACCGCCGGAGACCGUGCUUCAGGAGCCGGAGGACCGACCAUCCUCGAGGCCUGCGCCCCCGUCCGCGGUGGUCAUUAUGGGCCUUCCCAACGACUGCUCCGUCCUUGACCUCAAGUCCCGCUUCGAGAUCUACGGCCCCAUUGCUCGCAUUCGCAUCGACGGCGACGCGGUCGGAUAUGUCACCUACCGGACCAAGGACUCCGCCGACGCCGCUAUCGCCGCCGGCGCCGACCCGUCCUUUGGAAUUACUCUUCACUCCAAAAAGGUUCAGGUGUUGUGGGCAACUGACCCUCUAGCCAUGUGGAGGGAAGGAAUUGGUAAUAACAACAAGGACAAAGGAUCAAUGUCGAAGCUUGUGCGUGCUGAGGUACCUUUGAGAAGACAUGGAAGGGGUAAUAGACUUGCUUCAGCUAUAGGCAAUACCAGAACCAGUGUCGAUAACGCAGGUAGCUCGGUUCUUGAAGUACCUUUCAAGGGAAGAGAAAUUGUUGCUUAUGAUGAUAUCCUCUGAUCAGUGAAAAUCAUCAUAAUCAAAAGGAUUAUGUUUGUUUCUGUAAUAUCGGUCUCAGUUUUAGGGUUAGGUAUUUAUAAUGUUUCUGUUUAGGAAGAAGUUGCUCAAUUAUGAGCUACUAAGGUGUAACUUUGUGCAAGCUAUUUAUGGAAUUCUAGUUUCGACAAUCAUGGAUUUAAUGGGGUAAAUAUUGAUUACUAUGUAGCAUCUUUUUCAGUUAUUUAGAAUGCAAAUGUGUAAAUUCAUGAUUCUUUUCAUAUGAACCUUGUUGAGUUUCAUGAUGUUACACUGCUGCUUACUCUAAUUUAAUUGUUGGAGUGCUUUUAUAGUGAAGCAGGGGAAUAUUUGUAACUUUUCUUGUAAGCAAUGGACCCAAUUCAAUGAUUCAAUUUGUGCAUGGAAUUAAAGUUUCUCCUCUGCUAGGAUCAUUCAGCAUUCGGCUUUACUCGGGGGAACUUUACAACAUGGUUUAAUUGUUACAUUAGGCAAUAAAUUGUAUAGUUAGUGUAGUCCAUUGUAAAAUUAUGCUUAAUGCACACCUUCUCCA